AUGGUCCCUUUUCAAACGGUAGAGAGACGCGGCUUUAAAGCCAUGAUCAGAGCUAUUGUUCCACGAUAUGAGGUGCCAAGCCGCAAAUACUUCACAGAAACCGAGAUGCCAAAAUUGUAUGCCGAGCUCCGCGAAAAUGUUGAAAAAGAGCUGUGUGACUUGAAAUACUUUGCUACUACAACGGACCUAUGGUCGAGCCGUACCAUGGAGCCUUUCCUCAGUCUGACCAUUCACUAUAUAACGGAUGAUUGGAAUCUUGGCAGCCGGUGUUUGCAGACGUCGUACUUCCCCGCUGAACAUACGGCCGAGGAGAUAGCACAAGGACUCAAGGAAGCGCUUGAGUCAUGGGGUUUUAAAGAAGAAAGCCAAGUUUGCAUUACUACUGAUAACGGAACGAACGUGGUCAAGGCAGCGUCUCUGAAUGAUUGGACCAGGCUGCAAUGCUUUGGACACAGGCUGCACCUCGCCAUCGAAAAAAGUAUGAAAGACCCCCGAACUGACCGUGCUGUUGGCGUAUGCAAGGAGAUUGUGAGUGCCUUUUCAUACUCUUGGAAAAGAAGAAAAGAGUUGAAGAAAGCCCAGGCAGAGCACCAUCUUCCCUUUCAUCGGCUCAUCACAGAAACACCAACAAGGUGGGGGUCACGCCAGAUGAUGAUCCAGAGGGUGCUUGAACAAGAGAAGGCACUAUCACAGGUACUGAAAGCAGACAAGAAAACCAAACACCUGGUACCCACUUGGCAAGAUACAGAUGUGUUGGAAUCUAUAAGCCGGACCCUCGGCCCACUGCUGGAAUUCACAGACGCGCUGUGUGGUGAAGAUUAUGUUAGUGUGUCGUAUGUCAAACCUGUUCUCCAUCUUUUCAACAACACUGUUCUUGCUGCAGCUGAUGAUGACACCGAGCUGACCAAGGACAUGAAAAGAGUCAUCCUAGAGUACUUAAACGAGAAGUACUCGGACCCAAAAACGGUUGACCUGCUGGAUAUGGCCUCCUUGGUCGACCCACGGUUUAAAGAUGCAUAUAUAGCUGAUGACCGCCAGGAGUUGAUCAAGACCAGAGCGGUAGCAGAAAUUCUGUCACUGUUGGAGGUGCAAGCUGCAAUGGUCAGAGAGCCACUACCACACACAAGCACAGAAGCUGCAGCUGAUGGUGCUGAAGCUGCUGAAGUAGCUGUUGAGAGUCAAUCAAAGAAGGUAAAACGGAGCCUGGGAAGCUUUUUCAAAAAGGCCUCCUCCGAUGGCACAGCUGCUCUUGCUGACCGAGAGGCCAUCGAAGUGGAGCUAAGAAGUUACCUGCAGACAAUGCAGGUUGAUGGAGAGACUGAUCCACUGGACUGGUGGCGGCUGUACCAAGCUAAUUUUCCAAGGGUGGCUAGACUGGCCCAGAAAUAUCUCUGUAUCCCGGCCACAAGUGCUCCUUCGGAAAGGGCAUUUAGCUUUGGUGGCAACAUUGUUACAUGCCACCGGUCUCUGUUGAAGCCAGAGACUGUGGACAAGCUUGUGUUCCUGGCUAAUAAUCUUUAG